AUGGCCCAUGUAUGCUUAUUUCUAACGCAUGGUAAUAAUGCAACAAAUACAAGUUUAUUUGCCGAUGUGGAUAGUGUUGUACCUGUGAAACCAAAUUUAGAAGACUUUUGGAAUGUGGAGUCAAUAGGUAUUAUAGAAAAACAAAAUAUCUCAGAUGAUGAACAUGCAAUGAAAAUGUUUCAGGAUACAAUUCAGUUUGAAAAUGGCCGAUACCAAGUCACGUGGCCUUGGACUGAAGAAUUUCCUGAUUUACCUGUGAACAGGGACUUGGCAAUAGGUCGCUUAAAAAGUUGUGUUAAUAAACUGAAAACAAAACCUGAGUUAAUGAUGAAAUAUGAUGAAGUUAUGAGAGAUCAGCUAAGUAAAGGUGUUAUAGAGAAAGUUGAAAAAUCACCAGUAGAUGGUUUGGUACAUUAUUUGCCACACCAUGCUAUUAUCACACCGCAGAAAACAACAACUAAGAUACGCGUAGUAUACGAUGCUUCGGCGAGAACAAGAAAAGAAAAUAAAAGUCUAAAUGAGUGCAUGUAUAGGGGACCAGUAAUGCUACAGGACCUCUGUGGUAUGUUACUACGAUUCAGGAUGCAUCCAAUAGCAAUCGUUGCCGAUAUAGAAAAAGCAUUUUUGCAAAUUGGAUUAAAACCUAGUCAGCGUGAUGUCACAAGAUUUCUUUGGUUGAAAGACUGUAAAAAUCCUACUGUGGUUACUGACAAUAUACAAGAAUUCAGAUUUUGUAGGAUUCCUUUUGGAGUUAUCAGUAGUCCGUUCUUAUUAGGAGCAACGGUAGACUUCCAUUUAAAAUGUUAUGAAAAUCCAGUUGCAGAAAAUCUAAGAAACAACAUUUAUGUAGACAAUGUUAUCACCGGAGCUGAAAACACAAGUGAAGCAAUACAGCUAUAUACAAAUUCAAAGGCAAUGUUUGCAGAUGCCUCGAUGAAUUUACGGGAAUGGAUUACCAAUAGUGAUUUUGUAAAUGAAUUCAUUCCAAAGGAAGACAGAGCCGAUACGAAAAGUGUUAAAGUACUUGGACAUCAUUGGAAUGUCAAUGAAGAUACAGUUACAAUAGCUGGUCCAAAAAACAAAUCAAAUGAACCGGAGUGGACAAAACGUACUGUGUUGAAAACAAUUUCGUCGGUUUUUGAUCCACUUGGCUUGCUAUCACCAGUACUCUUACGAGGAAAAGUGUUUAUUCAAUCAUUAUGGCAGAAAAAUAUCGACUGGGAUGACAAUUUGACUAAAGAAGAUCAAGAAAAAUGGUUGUCUAUUUUAAUAGAUAUUCGCAAAAUAGACACGUUGCAAAUUCAAAGAUGCGUUUGUACGUUCACAGGACAUUCUAAGAAAUACUUAUUGUUAUGUUUCUGUGAUGCAUCGGAAAAGGCAUUCUCAACAGUGAUAUAUUUGCAUGUUUCAGAGAAAAAUACAACCGAUGUAAAUGUAAUAUUUGCAAAGACAAGACUUGCGCCUAUUAAGAAACUAACAAUUCCUAGGUUGGAGCUUCUAGCAGUUCUGAUCGGACUGAGGUGCUUAAAAUUUGUUAAAGAGCAAUAA